AGAGUUGAGAGGAUAGCAAGAUGGCGGCUCCCAUGUGCGAGCUCUUCUCGCUCUGCAGAGACGCGGCGGCCGGGACACGGGUCGAGGUUCGGUUCAUCAGUAACGUGAAGGGGAAAGGACUCUUCGCCAGUACGGACAUAAGGAAAGGGGAGACCAUUUUUGUGGAGCAGCCAGUUGUUUCAGCACAGUUCCUCUGGAAUGCCUUAUACAAGUACAAAGCCUGUGAUUACUGUAUGAGGUCCCUGGAAACAGCUGAGGAGAACAGCCGCAGACUGUCGGCAAACCCCACUUUGAUCCUCCCGCACCCUGAACAGUGCAGCGUCCGGAAGGAGCUCCUGGAUACUUGCCCUGCCUGCAAGGAGCUGUACUGCAGCACUGAGUGCCGCCAGGCUGCAAUGAAGCAGUACCACCAGGUCCUGUGUCUUGGCCCCUCAAAAGAUGACCCUCAGCACCCCCUGAAUCAGCUGCAGGAAGCCUGGCGGAACAUGCACUACCCUCCAGAAACAGCCAGCAUUAUGCUGAUGGUUAGGAUGGUUGCCAUGGUGAAACAGGCUAAAGACAAGGCACGCUGGGUGAAGCUUUUCUCUCAGUUUUGCAGCCGAACAGCCAACGAGGAGGAGGAGAUCGUUCACAAACUGAUCGGCGACAAAUUCCAGGGUCAGUUGGAAACAUUACGGCAGCUCUUCACUAAAGCUCUCUAUGAGGACACCCUCAGCCAGUGGUUCACUCCUGAGGGAUUCCGCUCACUCUUCGCGUUGGUUGGAACCAAUGGGCAAGGCAUCGGGACCAGCUCCUUGAGUCAGUGGGUCCAUGGCUGUGAUGCACUCCAGCUUCCUGCACAGCUGAGGGAAGAGCUGGAUGCUUUCAUAGACCAGCUGUACAAAGACAUUGAGAAAGAGAGUGGGGAAUUCCUGAACUGCGAGGGAUCUGGCCUGUACGUGCUGCAAAGCUGCUGUAAUCAUAGCUGUGACCCCAAUGCUGAAACCUCCUUCCCAGAGAACAACUUCCUCCUUCACUUGACUGCGCUCCGAGAUAUCAAAGCAGGAGAGGAAGUGUGCAUCACGUACUUGGACUGCUGUCAGCGAGAUCGGAGCAGGCACACACGACACAGGAUCCUCCGGGAGAAUUAUCUGUUCGUCUGCUCCUGUCCCAAAUGUGUGGCUCAGGCCGCUGACCCUGACCUGACCUCAGACGAAGAAGAGGAGAUUGAAGCUGAUGCUGAGAGUGCUGAGCUGGAGGAUGAGAUGACCGAUGUGUAAGGCAGUGACUGGGCACAGGGUUCCACAGAAACACGGCUAUGCCAGAGGCCCUUUUCCAACAAUGCAAUAACCACCGCUAGACAUCAUUAUCACACACACAUAUACACACACACACACACACACACACACACACACACACACACACACACACACACACACACAGGAAA